ACAAAGACCGCCAAAAAAAACUAGUACCAAGCAGUUAAUAUAAAUUAAAGUCCCACAAUAAUACUGCAGAGCAAAGACUAGCAUUCUGUUUAUAGUUUCUCCUCGAUUUUUUUUUUUUUCACUCCAUUAGGAUCAAUGGCUGUGAUAAACUCUCUUUCAACGGCUAUUCUAAUUACCAAAUCAUCUUCCACAAAAAGGACAAGGCUGCCUGCUCAGAGACACUUGGUGUUUGCAAGUAGUGACAAUAUUUCAAUCAACACCUCCACAACAACAACAACAACAACAACAGCUACCACUAAUGAAAUUACAACUACUAUUAAUCCACUUAAGAUGGGAUCAACUUCCAGCAACAUGCUAAAGGUAUUUGAAGAUAAGUCAACGGGUGUAGUUUGUUAUAGAGAUGAGAAUGGAGAGAUCACAUGUGAAGGAUAUGAUGAGGGCCCUCGUUUCUGCCACCAACUACCUAAGUCUUCUUCUAAAUCAAGAGAUGAAGAGAUUAUAGAGCUUCUCCAAAGAAAUUGGCUUCAUAUAGCUGGUGCUGCUGAAUGAACAGAUUUUGUGCAAUAUCAACAGACUCAUGCUGAUAAUAACAAAAGAAACAGAAUAAAGAUAGCUUGUUUCUCUUUCCAAGUCUACUUGUUCAGUUGUUCUAAUAGUAUC